AUGUUGGUAGCCGAAGAGUUGGCAUAUGACAAUGAAUCGUUGAAGACAGAGCAUGAAAUGUUGGUAACACAAUUGACGGACGAGCAAAAGAAUGUCUUCGACUCUGUGAUGAAUGAUAUUGAUUCUAAUGGAGGUGGAUUGUUCUUUGUGUAUGGUUACGGAGGAACAAGCAAGAUGUUCGUGUGGAGAACGUUAUUGUCAAAGAUAAUGAGCCACGGUGAUAUUGUUCUCAACAUUGCUUCGAGUAAAAUAACAUCUUUGCUCUUGCCGGGAGGCAAGGCGGGGCAUUCCAGAUUUGGUAUACCACUCUCUUUGAAUGAAGAUUCCACGUGCAAUGUAUUGCAAGGCAAUUGA